ACAAACACGCAGAAGAGGUGGAGAAUCUUCUGCAAGCAAGCACUAAUCUAGAGGCUACAAAUAAGAUGUCAUCAGAAAUUGACCAGCAAAGCAUCUUUCGACAUCCGGAGAAAUCAGACAUCUCUGAGAAUGUAAGCAGAACAAGUAGCCAGUGGGGAAACAGCCCGGGAAUGAGAGAGGAGGCAGCAUUAUUUUAUGGGGAAGAUGACUUCACCAAAACUGGCAUCCAAAAGAGAAUUCCAGUGUCUGGAAAAAUGCAUCAAAAAGGAGAGAAACGUUAUAAAUACUUGGACUGUAAGAAGAGAUUGAAUUGGAGAUAUUGCCCGGAUACACACAGUAGAAGCCAAGUAGGAGACAGAUCCUAUAUGUGCUCAUUCUGUGGUAAGAGCUUCAGGUGGAACAGUAACUUGACUAUCCAUGAAAGGAUCCACACGGGGGAGAAACCGUAUAUGUGCUCAAUCUGUGGUAAAAGCUUCAAUAAAAGGUCAUACCAUGCAGUACAUGAACGAAUGCAUACAGAGAAAAAAACAUACACUUGCUUAGUCUGUCAUAAAAUAUUUGUUCACAAAGUAAGUCUUAUUAGACACGAACAAGUCCACACAGGAGAGACGCCAUAUAAAUGCUCAGCCUGUGGGAAAGGUUUCAGUCAGAGAUGCAACCUGUUGUCCCAUGAAAGAAUUCACACAGAAGAAAGACCUUAUGUAUGUCUGUUCUGUGGGAAAAGGUUCAAACGGAAAUCAAACCUCAACAGUCACAAAUUAAGCCACACAGGAAUAAAAACAAAUACGUGUUCUGUCUGUGGUAAAAGCUUCAGUCACAAAUCGAACCUUGUUAGCCAUGAAAGGACCCAUACAGGAGAGAAACCAUAUAAAUGUCCUGUCUGUGGUAAAAGUUUCACAGAUAGAGCGCAUCUUAUUAAACAUGAGAAAGUUCAUACUGGAGAGAAACCAUACAUGUGCUCCAUCUGUGGGAACAGUUUCAGUCACCGUUCAAACCUCAUUAGCCACGAAAGGAUCCACACAGGAGAAAAACCAUACCCAUGUUCAGUCUGUGGUAAAAGUUUCACUGACAGAGCAUAUCUUCUUAAACAUGAGAAAACGCAUACAGGGGAGAGGCCAUACAAGUGCUCCGUUUGCGGGAAAAGCUUCAGCCGUAAAGAUUAUCUUAUUAGACAUAUGAGAAUCCAUACAGGAGAAAAACCAUUUGCAUGCUCAAUCUGUGGAAAAGGUUUUAUGUGGAAGAGUUAUCUGGCUAUCCAUGAAAGAAUCCAUACAGGAGAGAAACCAUAUUCAUGCUCAAUCUGUGGGAAAAGCUUCAGUGAAAAAUCAUACCGUAUUGUGCAUGAACAGUUGCACACGGAAGAAAAGACACACACAUGCCUGGUUUGUAAUAAAAGCUUUGUUCAUAAAGUCAGCCUAAUGAGACAUGAACAGACCCAUUCAGGAGAGACACCACACCGAUGCCCUGUCUGUGGGAAAGGUUUCAGUCAGCGAUGUAGUCUUAUUUCACAUGAAAAAAUCCACACUGACGAGAGACCUUUUGCAUGCUCAUUUUGUGGUAAAACCUUCAAACGACGAUCAAAUCUCACCAGUCAUGAAAGAAUCCAUACAGGAGAGACUCCCUUUACAUGCUCGGUCUGUGCCAGAAGAUUCAACUGUAAAGCCCACCUCCUUGGACACAUGAGAACCCACACAGGAGAGAAACCAUAUCCAUGUUCGGUUUGUGGGAAAAGCUUUGGUAAUAAAUCACAGGUGGUUAUACAUGAGAGAAUCCAUACAGGAGAGGAACCAUAUACUUGCCCAGUCUGUGGGAAAAGAUUCAAACACAGAACGAGUUGUAUAGAACACCAGAAAAUCCAUACAGAAGAAAAACCAUAUACAUGCUUAGUCUGCGGUAGAAACUUCAGUCGUAAAGAACACCUGAUUAUCCAUGGGAGGAUCCACACAGGGGAGAAACCAUAUUCAUGCACCAUCUGUAAGAAAACCUUCAAGCAGAAAUCAAGCCUGACUUCCCAUGAGAGGAGCCACACAGGAGAGAAACCACACAUUUGCUUGGUCUGUGGUAAAAGUUUCACCUGUAAAGCAUACCUGAGGAGACAUGAGAAAGGCCACACAAGAUAG